UCUCUCUCUUAACAUUUCUUGAUCAUAUUCAAUUAUUCACAGGAAGAGAGAGAAAACUUGAUCAGCAAAUAAAUGGCAGAGCCGAAGCUUUUCGAACUCAACAAUGGCACCAUCCAACUCAAACUCUCCAAUUUCGGAUGCACCAUCACUUCCUUACUUAUACCAGACAAACAUGGAAAAUUGGCGGAUGUGGUUCUUGGAUUCGACACACUCGACCCAUAUCUGAAAGGCGAUGCUCCAUAUUUUGGGUGCGUAGUGGGUCGGGUCGCGAACCGGGUCAAAGAUGGGAAGUUUUCACUCGAUGGAGUUCACUACUCUUUGCCUAUCAACAACCCACCUAAUAGUCUCCAUGGUGGGCACAAGGGCUUCGACAAGGUCAUUUGGGAAGUUGCUGAAUACAACCAGGGCGAUAGCCCGUCGAUUACCUUCAAAUAUCACAGUCGCGACGGAGAAGAAGGUUAUCCGGGCUCGGUUUCGUUCACUGCAACUUACACACUCACUUCAAAAACCACACUGACACUCGAAAUGGAAGGCGUACCCGAAAAUAAGCCAACCCCAAUCAACUUAGCACAGCACACAUACUGGAAUCUAUCAGGCCACAACUCAGGAACCAUUCUGGACCACACGAUUCAGAUUUCGGCCAAUCACAUCACACCCGUCGAUCAGAACUCAAUCCCAACGGGCGAGAUUACACCCGUUAAAGGCACACCGUUCGAUUUCACUACCGAGAGUAAAAUCGGAAGUCGGAUCCACGAAAUCGGAAUUGGGUACGACCAUAAUUACGUUCUUGAUUGUGGUGACGAGAAAUCGAAUGGGCUUAAGCAUGCUGCGAAAUUGAAGGAUCCGAUUAGCAAGAGGGUUCUUGAUUUGUGGACGAAUGCUCCCGGUGUGCAAUUUUACACCGCCAACUAUGUGAACGGGGUUAUUGGUAAAGGUGGCGCUGUGUAUGAAAAGCACGGUGCUGCGUGUUUGGAGACACAGGGAUUUCCGAAUGCGAUAAACCAACCGAAUUUUCCUUCUGUUGUUGUUCGACCGGGCGAGAAGUAUAAGCACAGUAUGUUGUUUGAGUUUUCAGCUGAGUAGGAUUGUACAUUUUGGAUUGAAGGGUAUUUGAAAUCGUAAUAAUAAAUUCAUUGAACUUAUUUUGAUGGUUUCGUUUUACAAUGGAUUUAAGUUUAACUCG